UUAUAUGGUAAUGCAGUAGUUAACUAUUGAAAGGAGGUAACGAGACAUAAACUAAAAUUUAGAUGCUUGAGAUUCAAUAAUUGAGGUUGGAAUGUCCUAAUACCGUCUAAAUUCGAUAUUAUUUCGUGGGUGGAUCAUUUAUUUUAUUACUUCAAAGAAGCCUAUGCAGUUAAGCAACAACCCCAUGAACUUUGCUGUUGACUAACCAAAGAUCACAAGACUGGUCAAAUGACCUGCAUAAUCAGCAUGGAACUCUUAAAAUCAUAUUGCUCGACGUUUAUUGGGUAAAAUAUUGAUUGAUCUGAGGAACACUCGUGAAGAAGCCAUUAGUGUUGCUGAGUUAAAAGGUAAUCAAGAGCAACAUUCAGAACCCUCCAAAACUGAGAAAGAAGAUACAGAUAAACAAUCAAAGAUUCUCAUCAAGACUGAAGACACGAGGAGAAAUAGCACAACAAGUGAUGUAUCAAUGGAUCAGGAGGAUGAUGAUGACAAAGAGACCAAAUAUCGUUUGGAUCCAAAGUAUGCAAAUGUCAAGACACCUGAGCGCCAUGUGCGGACACGCCUUUACUUUACAUCAGAGUCACAUAUCCACUCUCUCAUGAACGUUCUUCGAUACUGUAACCUGGAUGAAUCUCUUCAAGGAGAAGAUAGCCUCGUUUGUUAUAAUGCUUUGGAGCGUUUGCACAAAACGAAGGAGCUUGACUACAUGAGCCAUAUCGUGUUGAGGAUGUUUGAAAACACUGAGGUCGCUUUAGAUGAUCCGAAAAGGUUCCGAAUAGAGAUGACCUUCAGUCGUGGUGCAGACUUAUCUCCAUUGGAGAAUGACAGUGAGGCAAUUUCAUUGCAUCAAGAGCACACACUUCCAAUUAUGGGCCCAGAAAGGCUGCAAGAAGUUGGCUCGUAUCUUACACUAGAGAAAAUGGAGAAGAUGGUACGCCCAUUUGCCAUGCCAGCAGAAGACUUUCCUCCUCCUUCAACCCCUGCAGGAUUUUCAGGCUACUUCUCAAAGAGUGCAUCAGUACUUGAGCGUCUGGUAAAUCUUUGGCCUUUCCAUAGAAAUGCUAAUGUAAAUGGAAAGUGAGAGGAAGACAGAGAGAGCUAUAUCUGUCCACAUUCUUUGAUUCCUUUGUGUGGCAGAUUGCAAGCUUUGCAGAACUGAAAGUUGGUCACCUGGCCAAAUUCAGUGUGAGCUUUCUCUGGAAAAAUUUUGGUAGAUCGGUAAGUUUCGACAACAUAAGAAUGUUGUCGACAACAUUAGUUUUAACAGACUGCACUUUUCGUCUCAUUGCAGCCAGAUUGAUGUGUCUACUAACAUUCAUUCGUAUUCAUUGCCUACCCUUGCAUUUUUUCAUUGGAUUUAGUUUCAUGAUACUUACAGUGCUCUGAAUUAGAACUGCUGUUAUUCAUUCUUUUAUAGAGGAAACAAUUGAUUGCCAAUAUGGAACUUCAACUCUCUCUCUCUUUUCCCUUUUGGGUGAAUAAGGAGGGGGGUAGUUUGACUCCAUACAGAACUUUGAACAUCAGUUUUCAUGCCAAUAAAGUUGCAUGAACUGAUUUCGUGAAUUUGAAGGAUGGAAUUGUGUUUGAAAUCACUGUUCUUGUCUCUCAAUUCUGCUGCCAAAUCUCAUUCUGAUAAAAAAAAAAAAAGACUGAAGUAGUGAAGUUGAAUAAUUCUGAUCCAUGCUAGACU